AUGUAUACGCAUUCCGUACUCCAUGCUGGCAUGUACAACAAACCGCUACAGGACCCGAUCGACCUGCGGCAGGAGGCUGAUACUAUCUACUCUGCUUUCGAGCUCUCCCUCUGCAGGGACGUGGUUUUCGAGUUGCACCGAGAACUGCACACCGGGGUAUUAACCAAGGAGCGGCUUUGGGCGGAGCACAACAACCCGCCGCCCAAGUCAGUCGCAGGCGGGGACGUCUACGGGCGCAUCCCGCCCAGAGAGCCUUCCACAAGUAUCACGUGCCCCAGCUGUAACCGAGCCGUUGGUGCCGCCCGCUACGCGCCACAUCUCGACAAGUGCGCCCUCGGGUCUUCGCGAGGGAGAGCAUCGAGAUCCGCUCGAUCAUCGGCGCUGGCCGUUGGCUGCCAGCCUGUCGACGACAAAGAGCACAGCAAAACUCCUAGCUGCCCCUACUGGUGUCACACGGAAGAUUGGGAAGUGGUCGUCCUGAGGUGUGCUUGCUCGGCCGCAGGAAAUUGUUGGGGUGACGACGCCGCUGAUCAUGGCGAACGAUAG